AGAACGCUUGUGUGAAAAAAUGUUAACUUUCCCACUUACCAUUCUGAUCUUAAACCUCUAUCCCCACCCCACCAAGUAGCGUAAUGCUUUGUCUUGGCGGGUCUGAGUUGAGUUUCACUUUCAUUUCUGAGACAUUUGAAGAGCCCAGGGUGUGGCUGAGUGAGGAAUGGCGACCUCGGCCAGUGUCCAGGCUGAGCUCUGUUGUCCAGUUUGCCUGGAUUUGCUGAGGGAGCCUGUCACCACAAACUGCGGCCACAAUUUCUGCUCCAAGUGCCUAGAGGAGGUUUGGGAUGAAGCUGCAAGGCUCCACCAUGAGAUCCAGUGUCCACAGUGCAGGUACCGUUACACCGAGAAGCCUGUGCUGAAGAGGAACGUGCUGCUGGUGGCUGUCAUUGAGCAGCUCACCAAAAAGCCCGAUGCAUUCACGGGGGAGAGUCAUGAAGUUGCCUGCGAUUCGUGUUUCGAGACGGUCCAUAAGGCGGAGAAGACCUGUUUGACUUGCAUGGCCUCUUUCUGUGGCCCCCACCUCUGGCCUCACAUACACGGUGCUGCUUACCAGGACCACGAGAUAACCAGCCCAAUCGGAGACCUACAAAGGUGGAAAUGCAAAGAGCACAGAAAGAUCCAGGAUGUGUUUUGUACAAACCACGACGUUUGUAUAUGUGCUUCUUGUAAACCUGCUCACGGUCGCUGCAAAACCAUCCCUUUGGAGGAACAACGUAAAAUGAAACAGGUGGACCUUCAAAGUAUUCUUGGAGAAAUAUCAGAAGAAGUAAAAGUGACACAAGAGAAACUUGGUGCUCUGGCAAAUGAACGCUGUUCUAUCAAGGAAACCAUAUCCAAGAUGGUGAUGUUAAUCGGAGAAAGGUUUAAGGAGAUCAGAAAGCUUCUUAUAACAAAGGAAGAGUCUAUGAGGAAACUAUUAGAUGAAGAGUAUGUAGGAAUUGAGACAAAGAUUGAAGCAACUUCAAGACAACUUUGUGACCAUAUUGAAAAACUCAGCAAGACCAAAAGUGGGAUUGAACCUUUGGCAAAGGAGAAGGACCAAUGGAAGUUCAUGAAGGACACAUCAUCAAUACCUAAACAAGUUACACAUCUUCCUACACCAGAAGAACCCAUAGAAAUGUACAACAGAAGAUUACAGUUCAAAUGCAAGCAUGCUUUGAAGCUCAUCUCGAAGCUCAGACUUGAAAUGGACAAAUUUUGGCAGGAGUUAAUGAAGUAUGGAGAUUUCAGUGAAGUCACAUUUGACCCAAGUACAGCACAAGCACAAGUUGUUUUAUCAGAAGGAAACAGGAAGAUAAAUCUGAGUUCUUACGAACAGACUUAUGACAAUCACCCGAGAAGAUUCACAUCUUACUGCCAAGUGCUGUGCACACAGAAAUUUUCCCAGGGUUGCCAUUUCUGGGACAUUUGCACCAAGUACAGUUCUGGAUGGGCAAUUGGAAUCGCUUACGAAAGCAUUAACAGAGGAGUUAGCCUGAGUAACAGUAAAGAAUCAUGGUGCCUACAGUGGAAUAGCAGUUGUAAUUUUUUGGCUUGGCAUAAUGGAAACAGUAUGAAAUUAGCAUGUGCGAUACCCCAAACUGUCAGGGUGUGUCUUGAUUUUGACGGUGGUUCUGUAUCAUUUUAUUCUGUCAGUGAGAGUAUAACUCUGCUCCACAAAUACAACGUCGCAUUUACCGAACCGGUCUAUCCUGCCUGCUGGCUUUUAGGCUCAGCAACAAAUAAUGCACUCAGUUUGGAAUCUCCACUGUAGAAUAGGCAAAGUCAGAAUUACAGUGGCAAUUUAAUGAGUACUUUGUAUGAGCUAGCACUGUCUCUAAGCUUCAGCUAUUCCGAGCUCCGAUUUGGAGCACAAAUAAUUUCACAAUCUCUUAGUUUUAAUGAAAGGAAAUGUUCAUGGGCUACCCAAAUUUCUAAGUGUGCUACAGAAUCACAGAAUUGUUAUGGCACCAAAGGGGGCCAUUCGGCCUAUCAUGUCAGCACUGUUUCUAUUACCUAGAGCCAAAUCUCCUGCUUUUCCCCCAUACCCCUGCACACUAUUUCCAUCCAAAUGAACAUCCAAUGCCCUUUUUAAAUGUCUCAGUAGAACCUGCCUUCACCACAUUGCAGGCAGUAUAUUCCAUUUCCUAACUACUUGUGAAAAGGUUUUUUUUUCACAUUACCUCUGCUUUGCUUAGACAUCACUUUAAAUCAAUGCCGUUGUGUUCCUUUCUCACUUCUGAGAGUGGGAACAGUUUCUCCCAUUUACUCUGUCCAGCCUGCUCAUGACUUUGGAAACCCCUAUCAACAUCUGUUCUCGGCCUCCUUCUCUCCAAGGAGAACAAUCCCAAAUUCCUUAAUCUAUCCUCAUAGCUAAGGUUUCUCAAGGCUGGAACUAUAUUUGUAAAUUGCUUCUGUACUCACUCAAAAUGAGUACACCUUUGCAAAAUGUGAUGCCCACACAAUACCCCAGCUGAGGUUUAACAAGUGUCCUGUACAAGUUCAACAUUACCUCCUUGCUCUUAUACUCUAUGCCUCCGUUAAUAAAGCUGAGAGCACCAUACCCUUUGCGCACUCUAUGCUGUGUGCUCUCUUUUCAUGAAGGGAGUGAACUGAAUGGUGGAACUUGUUUUUUAUAUUAAGAACGUUUUGAAUUAGUAUUGUUGCUGAGGGGGAUCCAGAAAUUGGGGUUAUAUGUCAGCAGUUGCAGAAUUAUUAAAAAAUCAAAGGAAAUUAAA